CUUCGACAGGUGCGAAACGACAUCGCUCACAUAAACGAGGUUGAACUUACUGAUGCUGAAUUCAUAAAUUAUGUAGCAAGAGUGAUAGCUGCAUUUUCAUCUUUGAAACUCUCAACUGAUGAAAUCGACGAUGUCAAAAACCAGAGCAGCUUUCCGACAGCAGAAGUAAAUGGCUUAAAGAUACAGGCUGCUGGACUUAAAGCUGAUUUAGAAGCAAAAGAUGAAGAAGUCAAAAAUCUAAACUCCGAAUUACACAGCAAGCAGGAAGAAGUAGAAACACUCACUCAGGAAAUCAGUUCCAAAGUCGAGUCUUUCUGUAGUCUUACAUUCAAGCCAUCGCACCAAAUCAUCAGACGUUCCUACGAUGUCACAAGAAUCAAGAACAAGCUGGAGGAACUUUAUAAUGAAAGCAAAGGGGCCAUCAGCACCAUUUAUUUAUCAGGAAUUCCGGGCUGUGGCAAAAGUCAAAUCGCUCGUCAAGUUGGACAAGAAGUCUAUGACAAAAGUGUACGAGAAGAUGAAGGUCUAACUUUUGUUUCAACUCUGAAUGCAGAAACCCUUGACUCACUUGCCGACUCCUAUUUCAAUCUAGCUAAACAACUGGGAGUUACGGAAUACACUCUGACCAACCUAGCAACCUCCACGAAGGUCGACUCAAGUGAAAAAAUUCAACAUUUGAUGCGUUUUAUUUCUCCAAAGGUGAAACAAUUUUCUGCCUGGCUGAUUAUUGUGGAUAAUGUUGUUGACCUAUCCGAAGUUCGUAGUUAUCUGCCUCCAACAGCCAGUGAAGAGUGGGGUCAUGGUCAAAUGAUAGUAACUACUCAAGAUACUCAGUCAAUACCUUUCAAUUCCCCUCAGACUCAUCAUGAGUCUCUCAGUGAAGGAAUGCACCCAGAUGAUGCAGUAGACCUUUUAAGAGAAGUGUCCCAAAUUUCGAAUCAACAACAAGCUGAGGAGGUUGCUGAAGUUCUCGAGUAUCAGCCACUUGCCUUGGCAGCUGCUGCAGUCUACGUGCAAACAAUUGUCACCUGUGGUACCCCAAAUUACGGUUGGACAAAAUACCUGGAAACAUUGAAUAGCGAGGAACGCGAAGCCAGAGAAGACCUUUUUGCGAAAAAAAACCGCGCAUAUCCCAAAACAACGGCGACUGCAAUCAGAAUAGCAAUAACUCGAGCUUUGGAAAGCGACAAAGUUCUUUGUGAAGUAUUUUGUUUGUUUUCGAUGUGCACAUCUGAUUCUCUACCUAUUGAGGCUGCAGUUGACUUUGUUAAAUUUCGUAACAAACAGCAAAAAGAAGAAUUUAUCAGAGCUAAAAUUCUGGAAUCCACCAUGAUAACUUGCUUGUAUGAUGUUGACGGCACACCCACUUACUUAAGAGUACAUAACGUUGUUCAUCAAGUGGUUAAGUCCACUGUAACAUCAGUCCUGAACCGCACACAUAAAGCUGAGUACUUUUCUGUCGCUGUUCAGACUUUCAGUUCAUUAAUUGAAGACAACAAGAAGCUACUACUUGCAAGUGAGAGUACGUGCAUAAAGUUAAGACUAACUACCAGUCAUUGUAAAGGGUUAUAUCAACAUUUCAAGACCAAUUUUACCGACACAGAUUUAACAAAUAAUGAAUUAUCCCCUCCAUAGCUCCUAGAAAUUUAGUAUCCUGGCUUUCCUCAACUGCUGAAGUCAGUUGCGAGUUGAGUAAUAUAUCUGACGCUCACCUAUUUUGCACAUUAUGCUCUGAUUUUGUAAAUUAUCUUGAUGACGAGCUAAGAGAUAAGCUGGAAAAGGCGAAUUAUUUUCGAGUGCAAGGCCUCGUUUCCAAGGAUCUUGACCAGAAUAAUCAGGCUAAAGAAUACUUUGAGAAGUCUCUUGCCAUUAAAAAAGAGAUUUAUGGUGAACACCAUGGUGACGUAGCGAGAAGUUACAACAACCUGGGACUUGUUUACAGUGACCUUGAUCAGUACAAUCAGGCUAAAGAAUACCAUGAGAAGUCUCUUGCCAUUACAAAAGAGAUUUAUGGUGAACACCAUGGUGACGUAGCGGCAAGUUACAACAACCUGGGAACUGUUUACCGUGCCCUUGGUCAGUACAAUCAGGCUAAAGAAUACCAUGAGAAGUCUCUUGCCAUUAGAAAAGAGAUUUAUGGUGAACACCAUGGUGACGUAGCGGCAAGUUACAACAACCUGGGAAAUGUUUACAGUGCCCUUGGUCAGUACAAUCAGGCUAAAGAAUACCAUGAGAAGUCUCUUGCCAUUAAAAAAGAGAUUUAUGGUGAACACCAUGGUGACGUAGCGGCAAGUUACAACAACCUGGGAAAUGUUUACAGUGCCCUUGGUCAGUACAAUCAGGCUAAAGAAUACCAUGAGAAGUCUCUUGCCAUUAAAAAAGAGAUUUAGGGUGAACACCAUGGUGACGUAGCGACAAGUUACAACAACCUAGGAAAUGUUUACAAUGCCCUUGGUCAGUACAAUCAGGCUAAAGAAUACCAUGAGAAGUCUCUUGCCAUUAGAAAAGAGAUUUAUGGUGAACACCAUGGUGACGUAGCGGCAAGUUACAACAGCCUGGGACUUGUUUGCCGUGCCCGUGGUCAGUACAAUCAGGCUAAAGAAUACCAUGAGAAGUCUCUUGCCAUUACAAAAGAGAUUUAUGGUGAACACCAUGGUGACGUAGCGCGCAGUUACAACGACCUGGGAACUGUUUACAGUGACCUUGGUCAAUACAAUCAGGCUAAAGAAUACCAUGCGAAGUCUCUUGCCAUUAGAAAAGAGAUUUAUGGUGAACACCAUGGUGACGUAGCGACAAGUUACAACAAUCUGGGACUUGUUUACAGUGCCCUUGGUCAGUACAAUCAGGCUAAAGAAUACCAUGAGAAGUCUCUUGCCAUUAAAAAAGAGAUUUAUGGUGAACACCAUGGUGAUGUAGCGGCAAGUUACAACAACCUGGGAAAUGUUUACCGUGCCCUUGGUCAGUACAAUCAGGCUAAAGAAUACCAUGAGAAGUCUCUUGCCAUUAAAAAAGAGAUUUAUGGUGAACACCAUGGUGACGUAGCGACAAGUUACAACAACCUGGGAGCUGUUUACAGUGACCUUGGUCAGUACAAUCAGGCUAAAGAAUACCAUGAGAAGUCUCUUGCCAUUACAAAAGAGAUUUACGGUGAACACCAUGGUGACGUAGCGACAAGUUACAACAAUCUGGGACUUGUUUACAGUGCCCUUGGUCAGUACAAUCAGGCUAAAGAAUACCAUGAGAAGUCUCUUGCCAUUAAAAAAGAGAUUUAUGGUGAACACCAUGGUGAUGUAGUGGCAAGUUACAACAACCUGGGAAAUGUUUACCGUGCCCUUGGUCAGUACAAUCGGGCUAAAGAAUACCAUGAGAAGUCUCUUGCCAUUAAAAAAGAGAUUUAUGGUGAACACCAUGGUGACGUAGCGACAAGUUACAACAACCUGGGAGCUGUUUACAGUGACCUUGGUCAGUACAAUCAGGCUAAAGAAUACCAUGAGAAGUCUCUUGCCAUUAAAAAAGAGAUUUAUGGUGAACACCAUGGUGACGUAGCGGUGAGUUACAACAACCUGGGACUUGUUUACAGUGACCUUGGUCAGUACAAUCAGGCUAAAGAAUACCAUGAGAAGUCUCUUGCCAUUAGAAAAGAGAUUUAUGGUGAACACCAUGGUGACGUAGCGACAAGUUACAACAACCUGGGAACUGUUUACAGUGACCUUGGUCAGUACAAUCAGGCUAAAAAAUACCAUGAGAAGUCUCUUGCCAUUAGAAAAGAGAUUUAUUGUGAACACCAUGGUGACGUAGCGCAAAGUUACAACAACCUGGGACUU